UUAUCCUCAGGUAAGAGAGCCAAAUGUCUCGCUCUUUUUCAGUAUCGUAAAAUAUGAGACUAACGCCUUCUCGUAUCGUUUACGCUUUUCUUUCCGUCACAGUUUUCCUGCUCGUCCUCAAGUCAUUGCACACAAUCACAAAUGGAUGGACUCACUCGUCAAUUCCGAUGGAGGAAAUUGAGCAGAGAAUGUCCCGGAGGCUAAAACAGGUUGCCGAAACCUGUGUCAAAUACAACAUCCAACCCAAUUCGAUCAACAUUGCCGAUUAUUCCAUCCCGCAUCCGCCAGCGCCGCAGUAUAGUGUCCUCUACUAUUUACAUCCUAGGAAAAAGGCGGUUUACUGUCCAAUCUACAAGGCCGCUUCCACGUCGAUGCUGCACUGGUUACUGGCCAUGAAGAAUAUCGACGGUGAAUCGGAAAUGAAGAAAGGCCAUCGACAAAUCAGCCAAGUUGCACGCCAGCAAUUCCCAUCGAUCGAUUACCCCGCCGCCGCCGAGCUGAUGAAAGAAUCCAAAAAGUGGAUGGUGGUCCGCCAUCCAUUCGAGCGAAUCCUGUCGGCCUAUCGCGACAAACUGGAGAAUUCCACCAUCCAUCGAGAAGAUGGCACGCUCCAUUUCUACGAGAAAUACGGCCGCAAAAUCGUCGCAAAGUACCGCGGGAAAUCUUCAAAGGAGCAGAACGACGGUGAAAGGAUCGAACCGACUUUCCAGGAAUUUGUUGCCUACUUGAUCAACACGGAUUUAACGCUCUACGCCGACGACCACUGGAUCCCUUACUAUCUCUUCUGCACUCCGUGUCUCAUCGAUUACGACGUCAUCAUCCAGUUUGAAACGCUCCAGGAGGACGUCCAGUUGUUGCUCAAUCUCCUGGGCGAAAGCAGCGGCCCACUGCGCAAACACUCGACGACAGUCGGUCGAUCUAAAACGGAAUUGAUCAAAUCUUAUUACAGCCAACUCGACCGGGAAACGAUCCUGAAACUGUACGAAAAAUACAAAAUAGAUUUCGAAUUGUUUGGUUACAGCAUCGACGGUUAUUACCUCUCUACUUAAUGCAAAUAAAAUCUAUUUAUUGAA